AUGGUUCACUCGAUUCCAUCUCGAAAAUCGUUCUUUAAUAAGGUGCAUACUGGAAAUCUGAUUACUACAUUAUACAAAGUGAUGUUCCCGAUGCUCAUAGAAUAUGAAAAUAUGAAAGCAGAGGAAAUUCGGCGAAUGCACGAGGAAGGACAGCUAGAGAAAAUGGUUGAAGGGUGUGAAAUGUUGGAUGAUGGUGGUGGAGGUGGAGUUGGAGGGGCUUGUGAGGCUUGUGGGGAUAUCAGGUUUGUGCCUUGUGAGACAUGUUCAGGGAGUUGUAAGAUAUAUUAUGAGUGUGAUGAUGAAGAACAAGAAGAGUUAGAAGAAGAAGAAGAGAGUGGUGAGUAUGGGUUUCAACGUUGCCCUGAUUGCAAUGAGAAUGGACUCAUACGCUGCCCUAUUUGCUGCGACUAG